UUUACGUAAGCGAACUGUGCGGAAGUUUCACCCCCAUGGUGCUUUCGAAUUGUUGUUAUUAAUUAUUAAUUUUUUUUUGUAAUUUCAUAUAAGAAUAGCGUUAAAUAUGAUGAUGAAAGAAUUUUUUCAUUUAUCACCAUGGUAUAAUACAGAGGAAUGGAAUGUAGUUUAUAAAAAUAUAUUUGAAGUAACGUCAACUCUUUCUUCAAAGAAAGCUGCACUUGAUCAAUUAUUAAUUUGGAAGGCAAGGUGUCCUUCUCUACCUUCUGGGAUUGAAGCCACAAUGAGUUUGUUGAAUGUGCACAUUCAAGAUCAGGAGCAGAAUCAUGACAUGUGUAGCGAUCACUUGCUUCGCUUAGCGUACUCAUCUGCAAUGGUACGUUUCAUAAACCACAUGUUUGACAAUGAAACUGCGAAAGGGCUCAGUUUAUUUCAAGCUGCGAAAGCCUUCGGUGUUCCAGAAUGGAUUGUAGUAUUGCGUCACGAAACCUCACACGGUAAUCUACUCCCGCAUCUCGAGCUUUUGAGAGAGGCGUGUGAUAUCAGCUUGAAUUGGCUCCAAAAACGAUAUUGGGAUAAACAUAAAGUGUGCAUUAGCGAUUACACUGUAGACAAAGUGCAAAUUGAAACAUACAUUGAAAAAGAAAUAACAACUAUGAUGGACUUUUGUGUUUUGCUGAGUAUUUGCUCACACCCUAAAAGUAAAGUAAAAAAUUCGGCAAAUGUAACCCAAGCUUUCUUAAGUGAAAGUUUGCUGAAUGGUGCCCGUGAAUUAUUUAAAGAAAGACAUAAUUUUUCAUAUCGUAACAUUAACUGGCUGUGGCAGGAACUUAACAUUAAAGCUAAAAAAAUACUGAUUAAUGAUUCUUUCUCAAGUUAUGUGAACAAAGCACUACUAGCAGAUGAAUCUGGAAUUCUUUCACUUGAAAUGUAUGAGAACCUGGAUGACAAUUUCAGUAAUGAUAGUCCCUUAUGCAGGCUCUAUGUACAAAGUUUUUCUGGACUUCUGAAUUUCCUACUGACACAUGACUUGUUGAAAGACUUUCUAUUGGAGCUAAUAAAAGUGACUCAGGGAGAGGAAGAGACUAUGAAAUGUAAACUUGCAGCUAAAUGGGUUUCCACUAUACUAACAAGUUUAAGUAAUAAUCAAAAGUUUCUAGAGAAGAUAAAUAAGUCUGAUAUUGAUAUAACAACACUGAAUAAUAAUGAAAUGAACAGUAUUUACUGCGAUUGGUUCCCCAAUGAUAAGAGAAAUAUUUUGUUUGACUUGUGUAAGCCAAUACCAAAGGAGUUCACUGACAUAGAUUUCUUACAACCAAUUAUUUCAACUUACAAUUGUCAUCUAGCUCUUUUUAUUAAGGCGCUGUUAGACCUUAUAAGACCCAAACUACCAGAUUCAGUAAUGCAAAAAAUAUGUGAGCUUGCAAAAGUUGUAGCAACACCAGAGAAAUUUCCAGUUAUGAAUUCUAGAAUGUACACAGCCAAUGACCUUGAAAUGACAAAAAAUUCAGAAAGCAUGCAUAAAUCUGAACAAGAUGAGGAUAUGGAAAUUAUCGAAGUUCCAAUACAGGAUAAACAUACUGAGCAAAAAGAUACCAGACAGACAUUUGGUAUAUGGCAAAUUGCUACUGAAGACGUUGAUUGGGCGACUUGUCCUAUAGGACAACUUCCCUGGACACAAGUAUUACCCGAUUCAGUAGAAAAUAUGAUUUGAUUUGAAUUUCCUAUUAAAAAGUGGAUGCACAAUAAGCAACCAAGAAACAUCCCCACUCAAUGAGUGACAAACACAACUUAUUGGCACUCAAUUCAAGUAGUUGCAUUUGCAAAUUCAACCUUAAGCUCCAUCCUUAAGGUUGAAUUAUUUUAUUGAAUAUUGGACUAUAUUUAAAGAUGUUUUAUUUUCUUUACCAAUAAUUCUAAAACAAAGCAAAAUUAACCAGUUUUUAAGUGUAAAUUUUUAAAGUAAAUUUUGUACAUGAUUGUGCAUCUUUUUAUUAUAAGAGGUCUUUGUAUGGAAAGCAAUUAAACACAGUUGUCCACA